AUGACCAUGCCACCUCACGUCCGCCUCAGCUCCUUCAUAUCAGUACCGUGCGACGAAGACAUGUUCACCCUGCCGCCGCGCCUCAACAUCAUCCCGGCCGUCUCCCGGAACCCCUUCAGCACAGCCUACUACCGUGCCCAGGAGCUCGCCUUCGAGCAGGCGGAUGCCCCCUACCGCAUCUACCAGCUCGCGUGCUACGCCGCGCGACCGCCUCGGCCGCCGACCACGCGGCGUACUGUCCCCGCCACUGCGGAGCAACGACUCGCGCCCAAGAGACGGGACGGGAAAUCGCCUUGGUGCGCCAUGACUCUGGUUCUGCGGCUUUUGCUUGGCUUGCCCUUUGCAUGCUGGAUGCUGGUCUCGAGAGCUGGAGCUGAACUCGGCUGCAAUGUCAUCCGCGCGGCCGAUGAUUUGCGCUUCUGGUUGACCGAGGCAGAUGAUGGGCCGCGAUACGUGCUAGUGCACGAAUGCCGCAUGUGGUCGGGACCGUUCAAAGCAUGA